CACGACUUUAUAAGGGCCUCCGGAGCCAGUUCCGCGUUGGACUUGACCUCGCGCCGCCUCUGUUUUUCCUCUCCCCACCUCCCUCCCUCCCCCUCUAAACCCGCACCAGAAGCAGCGCUCCUAGGGUUUGCUCCUGCCACAAACCCUACCACCAGAUUGCCCCGAUUCCGGCAGAGGCGGCGGCUGCGAGCUGGUGGCAUGGCGGGGUACCCGGAGGACAACCAGCACGCCAUGAACGGGUACGAGGAUGAGGUCGAAGAAGUGGAGGAGGUCGACGAGGAGGGCCGCCCGGGCCGGAGGGGGCGGCGAGAUGGGGGCGAUGGUGGCGGCUAUGGCGACGCCGGUGGGGAUGACGGGAGGGCUGGGGGCGGUGACUCGUCGGGGAAGAUUUUCGUCGGAGGCGUUGCAUGGGAGACAACUGAAGAAUCAUUCUCCAAGCAUUUUGGGAAGUAUGGGGCUAUAACUGAUUCUGUAAUUAUGAAGGACAAGCAUACUAAGAUGCCUCGUGGAUUUGGAUUUGUUACAUUUUCUGAUCCAUCUGUAAUAGACAAGGUUUUGGAGGAUGAACACAAUAUAGAUGGAAGAACGGUUGAAGUCAAAAGGACAGUCCCGAGGGAAGAAAUGUCCUCAAAAGAUGGCCCCAAGACAAGAAAGAUCUUUGUUGGUGGGCUACCUUCGACACUAACCGAAGAUGAUUUGAGGGAUCACUUUUCCUCGUAUGGCAACGUGGUUGAACAUCAGAUAAUGGUGGAUCACAGCACUGGGCGUUCAAGAGGUUUUGGUUUUGUCACUUUUGAAAGUGAGGAUUCUGUCGAAAGGGUCAUAUCUGAGGGAAGAAUGCGUGAUCUUGGUGGGAAGCAGGUUGAAAUAAAGAAGGCUGAACCAAAGAAACAUGGAGGUGAUCACAGUAGCAAUGGGAGAUCUAGUCACUCUGGUGGUGGUGGUUACCGUAGUUCUUACCGUAGUGGUGGAGCUGCUGGUGGUGGUGGCAGUAGCAGCGGUGGUGGUGGUGGUGGUGGCUAUGGCUAUGGUGCUGGUCAUCGAUCUGCUGCUGCAGGAAGUUAUUAUGAUAGCACGGGAUAUGGUUAUGGUAGAGGAGGCUAUGGCGCCGCCGCUGCUGCUGCCGCCUAUGGAGGCAAUGCUGGAUAUGGAUCUGGUUUUGGUGGUGGCUAUGGUGGCUCUAUGUACGGUGGUGCUUAUGGUGCAUACGGAGCAUAUGGAGGCGGUGCCUAUGGUGCGGGUGCUUACGGAGGCGGUGCCUAUGGUGCGGGUGCUUACGGAGGUGGCGCCUAUGGUGCUGGUGGAUAUGGUGCUGGUGGAUAUGGUAGUUAUGGGGGAGCAGGAGCAGGGGCGGGGGGUGCUGGUGGUGGUGGUGGUGGGAGUGCAGGUGGUCGGGGCUCUAGCAGGUACCAUCCCUAUGGGAAAUGAGUGUAAACCCCUGUGGUUUUUUCUAGGAUGCAAUAAGCGCACUCAUCUACAUGGGAUCUCCUAGAAGUUGGGCAUUCAUCUUGAGUUACCUAAUCAGAGGCAUCAGAACAUUUUUGGUUUUGUUGAAUUAAAGUCGUAACCGGGGACAAGUGUAAUCUUUGUUGCUGAGCCUGCCCGUAGUUUGGUGUAGCGGUUACACAUUAAAGCUGUGUUGUAUUCUUUAGUUUCCAUAUGCAGAGCGUUAGGAGACCCUGAAAACAAAGCCUUUCGUGUUAGGAACAAUAUUGGUUUGAUAGAACUAUAUUUGUGCUGUAA